AUGGUCUACAACACCAACCUCGACGAUGGCGACCUUUCCCCUACCACACGAGCCACUCUUACCCUCAACACCAGCACCAGCCAUGUGCGACUACCCUCGAGAGUUGAGAAGAUCAUGCAAUCCCGUCCUCGAGGGCCCCCAACUCCAAACAUGACCACUCCGUCCGCAGACCCAGACUCCCCUACACACUCAAGUCACGAUCCGCCUCCCCCACCAACACCUGCAGCAAGUCCAGGCCCAGACCACCCACAGCCGGACUGGAGCGAUGCGGGCGACCAGGAGGAUCUGUUUCUCUCUAAAAUCAGACAUUAUUUCAAGAACAGGUCGCCUGCUGAACGAACGAGAGUCUUAGCCGAUCUCUUGAAUCUGUGUACCAGCCAACAACUCAGUUUUGUCCGGCAAUACGUGGAUCCCUUGCUUAAGAAGGACCCAUUCACCAGCCUACCGAACGAGAUAUGUCUAAGAAUCCUCUCCUUCAUAGAUGACCCCAAAGUCCUCGCCCGAGCUUCGCAGGUAUCACAACGAUGGCGAGAGUUACUGGCCGAUGAUGUGACGUGGAUGAAGCUCUGCGCCAAACACGAUUAUGGCCGUCGAAUGUCAGAAGCCCAUAUCAGCACCCCUACGUUUUCUACCCACCGCCCACCACCGAACCCAAUACAUGGCUAUUUCGACGGCGAGACAGCUUAUCCAUACGCAAGCGCAACAGCAGAACUUCUCCAGCCCCCGGAGAACUCGCAGAGUCUUGACAGCGGUAUGAGUGCUGGCGUGCUGAGAAGGCCGAAAUUCAGAUCAUACAAGUCUCAUUUUAAGCAACGGUACUUGGUAGAGACUGCUUGGAGAACUGGCGGACGUAAUAUUGCGAGGCAUAUCACACAGGAUCAAGGUGUGGUAACUAGCUUACAUCUCACGCCAAAGUAUAUCGUAGUGGCUCUCGAUAAUGCCAAGAUCCACGUCUUUAAUACAGAGGGUAAUGCGCAGAAGACACUACAAGGCCACGUUAUGGGAGUGUGGGCCAUGGUUCCUUGGGAUGAUAUACUGGUUAGUGGAGGCUGCGACCGAGACGUUCGGGUUUGGGACAUGUCAACAGGUGAGAGCCUGCAUACCCUCAGAGGCCAUACGUCGACUGUUCGCUGCUUGAAAAUGUCCGAUGCGAAUACAGCCAUCUCGGGGUCACGAGACACCACAUUGAGAGUUUGGGAUAUCAAAACCGGGCUCUGCAAAAAUGUACUGGUUGGCCACGGAGCUAGUGUGCGAUGCUUGGAGAUCAAAGGUGACAUUGUGGUUUCUGGUAGCUACGACACGACGGCGAGGGUCUGGAGCAUCUCGGAAGGACGAUGCUUGCGGACACUCUCUGGUCAUUUCUCGCAGAUCUACGCUAUCGCAUUUGACGGAACGAGGAUAGCCACAGGAAGCCUGGAUACGAGUGUCAGAAUAUGGGAUCCAAACAAUGGGACUUGCCAGGCCAUACUUCAAGGCCAUACAUCAUUGGUUGGACAGCUCCAGAUGCGUGGGAACACACUCGUGACUGGAGGAUCGGAUGGCUCAGUCCGAGUCUGGUCGUUAGAGAAGAUGGCACCAAUACAUCGACUGGCUGCUCAUGACAAUAGCGUUACCAGUCUGCAAUUUGACGAUACUCGAGUCGUGAGUGGAGGCAGCGAUGGUAGAGUCAAGGUCUGGGAUCUCAAGACUGGCCAGCUUGUCCGAGAACUCACAGCUCCUGCCGAUGCUGUUUGGCGGGUCGCAUUUGAAGAAGAGAAGUGCGUUGUUAUGGCAAGUCGGUCAAAUCGCACCAUCAUGGAGGUCUGGUCCUUCUCCCCACCCGCAGAGCAGCUAUAUGAAAGAGAGCCACUUGUCGGCCAGCGCAUGGUCAACUCGCUUCCAAGACCUCUCAGUGCGAUGGAGUAUCGAUCCAAUACCUGCCCUGAUCAGCCAAUGUCCGGCCUAGCACCCCAAGUGGCUGCAUAUGACAAGGACGAUGUUGAUAUGAAGGAUGCUGGACCUUCGACAGCCCCCCCUCAGUCUUCAAGUACAACGUUCUUCCACGAAGAUGAUUGA